AUGCCCACAAUUGCGCGCCUCGUACAUUGGAUCGGGACUCUCGCCAUUCCCAGCAUCGCCAUGUCCGACGAUAAGACACCGCCCACCGAGGCUCCGUCCCUGGUCGUCGACGCUGGUCCUCUGGUUCGCCCCCCGGGAUGGAAAUACAAGGCCAUCAAGAUUGGCGGCGUUGAGCUGUGGUAUGCCUCGCCUAAAGUCCAGCUCUUCAUGGUGGCCAUGGUGUGCUUCCUGUGCCCUGGCAUGUACAACGCCAUCACCGGUAUGGGCGCUGGAGGGCAGGUCAACGCGCACGCGCAGGAUAAGGCCUCCGUCGCACUUUACUCCGUCUUCUCCGUUGUCGGCUUCUUCUCCGGCACCUUUGCCAAUCGCCUCGGCCUGCGGCCGACGCUAGCUAUCGGUGGCAUCGGCUACUGCAUCUAUGCGUCCAGCUUCCUGUGCUACUCGCACACUUCCAACAGCGGCUUCGUCAUCUUCUCGGGUGCCCUCCUCGGCCUCUGCGCCGGCCUGCUCUGGACCGCUCAGGGCACCAUCAUGAUGGCGUACCCGCCUGAGCGGCAGAAGGGCCGCUACAUCAGCGUGUUCUGGAUCAUCUUCAACCUAGGUGCCGUUAUUGGCGCACUCAUCCCCCUCGGCCAGAACAUUCACGCCACAACUGCCAAGCCGGUGACCGAUGGCACGUACGCCGGCUUCAUCGUCCUCAUGUUCCUCGGUGCCCUCCUCGCUCUGACUCUCUGUGACGCUAACGACGUCAUCCGGGAAGACGGUACCAAGGUCAUCCUGAUGAAAAACCCAUCCUGGAAGUCCGAGCUCAUCGGCCUCAAAGACACAUUGACUCAGGACCCGCUCGUGGUGCUGCUCUUCCCCAUGAUGUUUGCCUCCAACAUCUUCUACACCUACCAGACCAACGAUAUGAACGCGGCUUUCUUCAAUACCCGCACGCGCUCGCUCAACAACGUGCUCUACUGGGGCUCGCAGAUCUUUGGUGCCAUCAUCUUUGGUCAUGCCCUUGAUUACGCCCGAAUACGCCGUUCUAUCCGCGCCCGUGUUUCGUUUUGCAUCCUCUUCGCCCUCACAUUUGCCAUUUGGGGCGGUGGCUACGCCUGGGAGGAAAAGCAGUUGUCGCGCUCUUUGGCCACUACCGAAAACCCAAACUAUGCGCCAAUUGACUGGACCGCAGGUGGCAAUAAGUACAUCGGUCCCAUGUUCCUCUACAUGUUCUACGGUUUCUACGACGCCUGCUGGCAAACUUGCAUUUACUGGUACAUGGGUGCCCUUUCCAACUCCGGUCGCAAGGCAGCCAACCUGGCUGGCUUUUACAAGGGCAUCCAAUCUGCCGGUGCCGCCAUCUUCUGGCGUCUGGACGAUAACGGAGUUGCCUUUAACAAGAUCUACGGCGCUACAUGGGGCAUUCUUGCUGGCUCGCUUCUCAUUGCCGCACCACUGAUCGUGGCAAGGAUCAGAGACACGGUGUCGAUCGACGAAGACCUUAAGUUCUCAGACGAGACUAUUGAGGAUAUCGUGGUCCCAGCAGCGCUUCACGAAAAGGGUGAGACUGGUGUGUAG